CAGCAGCUUGGUGACGUCACUGCCAGGCGCGCUCCGAUCGACGAGCAGGGAAUUGGCGGAUUUUGCGGUAGUUCCGGAGCGGGCACCGGGAGCACUUAGGCCUCCCCCGCCGCCAUGGGCUUCUUGAAGUUAAUCGAGAUUGAAAAUUUCAAGUCCUACAAAGGACGGCAGAUCGUCGGGCCCUUCCGCCGCUUCACCGCCAUCAUCGGCCCCAAUGGAUCCGGUAAAUCCAAUCUUAUGGACGCCAUCAGCUUCGUGCUGGGGGAGAAGACCAGUAACCUGAGAGUGAAGACCCUGCGAGACCUCAUUCAUGGCGCUCCUGUAGGGAAGCCUGCCGCAAACCGCGCGUUCGUGAGCAUGGUGUACGAAGAGGACAUGGGCAAAGAGAAGGUGUUCGCCCGACACAUCAUCGGCGGCUCCUCUGAAUACAGAAUCAACAGCAAGGUGGUUCAGCUGGCAGAAUACAGCGAUGAAUUAGAGAAGCUGGGGAUCCUUAUUAAAGCCAGGAACUUCUUGGUGUUUCAGGGGGCAGUAGAAUCCAUCGCCAUGAAGAAUCCCAAGGAGCGUACAGCUUUGUUUGAGGAGAUCAGCAGGUCAGGGGAGCUGGCGCAGGAAUACGACAAGUGCAAGAAGGAAAUGGUGAAAGCCGAGGAGGACACGCAGUUCAACUAUCACCGCAAGAAGAACAUUGCCGCAGAGAGAAAGGAAGCUAAACAGGAGAAGGAGGAGGCGGAGCGGUACCAGCGGCUUAAGGACGAGGUGGCACGAGCCCAGAUCCAGAUGCAGCUCUUCAAGCUUUACCACAACGAGUCUGAGAUAGAGAAACUGAACAAGGAGCUGUCCUCUAAGAACAAGGAGAUCGAGAAGGAUAAGAAAUUCAUGGACAAAGUCGAAGAGGAACUGAAGGAUAAGAAAAAGGAGCUGGGCAAGAUGAUGCGAGAACAACAAGCCAUAGAGAAGGAGAUCAAGGAGAAGGAUGCCGAAUUAAAUCAAAAGCGUCCGCAAUAUAUCAAAGCCAAGGAGAACACUUCUCACAAGAUCAAGAAGCUGGAAGCCGCUAAGAAGUCCCUUCAGAACGCCCAGAAACAGUAUAAGAAGCGCAAGGGAGAUAUGGACGAGCUGGAGAAGGAGAUGCUGUCCGUGGAGAAGGCCAGGCAGGAGUUCGAAGAACGAAUGGAGGAAGAAAGCCAGAGCCAAGGUCGGGAUCUUACAUUAGAAGAAAACCAGGUGAAGAAAUACCAUCGUCUGAAAGAAGAAGCCAGCAAAAGGGCCGCCACGCUCGCCCAGGAGCUGGAAAAGUUCAACAGAGACCAGAAAGCCGAUCAGGAUCGCCUCGAUCUGGAGGAAAGGAAGAAAGUGGAGACUGAAGCGAAGAUCAAGCAGAAGCUGCGUGAAAUUGAAGAAAACCAGAAGAGAAUAGAAAAACUAGAGGAAUAUAUUGCAACCAGCAAGCAGUCUUUAGAAGAGCAGAAGAACCUUGAAGAGACUUUAACUGAGGAAGUAGAAAUGGCUAAGAGAAGGAUCGACGAAAUCAAUAAGGAGCUGAACCAAGUCAUGGAGCAGCUGGGUGACGCCAGGAUUGAUCGCCAAGAAAGCAGCAGACAGCAGCGCAAAGCAGAGAUCAUGGAGAGCAUCAAGAGGCUGUAUCCAGGGUCUGUGUAUGGCCGCCUGAUCGACCUCUGCCAGCCCACCCAGAAGAAGUACCAGAUCGCCGUCACAAAGGUGCUUGGAAAAAACAUGGACGCCAUUAUUGUCGACUCUGAAAAGACCGGAAGAGACUGUAUCCAGUAUAUCAAGGAGCAACGGGGGGAGCCUGAAACAUUCCUGCCUCUCGAUUAUCUUGAGGUAAAACCUACUGAUGAGAGGCUGCGCGAGCUCAAGGGGGCCAAGCUGGUUAUUGAUGUCAUUCGGUACGAGCCCCCACAUAUUAAGAAGGCCCUCCAGUAUGCCUGCGGCAAUGCAUUGGUUUGUGACAAUGUAGAAGACGCUCGCAGGAUAGCCUUCGGAGGACACCAGAGACACAAAACUGUGGCUCUAGAUGGAACCUUAUUCCAGAAAUCUGGUGUCAUCUCUGGAGGUGCCAGUGACUUGAAAGCCAAGGCUAGAAGAUGGGAUGAAAAAGCGGUCGAUAAACUCAAGGAAAAGAAGGAACGAUUAACCGAGGAGCUGAAGGAGCAAAUGAAAGCCAAACGUAAGGAGGCCGAGCUGAGGCAGGUCCAGUCCCAGGCUCAUGGGCUGCAGAUGAGGCUUAAAUAUUCCCAGAGUGAUCUGGAGCAGACCAAAACUCGUCAUCUGGCGAUGAAUAUGCAGGAAAAAUCUAAGCUGGAGAGCGAGUUGGCCAAUUUUAACCCACGGAUCAAUGACAUAAAGCGGAUAAUUCAGAGCCGCGAUAGGGAGAUGAAAGAUCUGAAGGAGAAGAUGAAUUUGGUGGAAGAUGAGGUUUUUGAAGAGUUCUGUCUGGAGAUCGGGGUCCGUAACAUCAGAGAGUUCGAAGAAGAGAAGGUCAAGAGGCAGAAUGAGAUCGCCAAGAAGAGGUUGGAGUUUGAGAACCAGAAGACCCGUCUUGGUAUACAGCUUGACUACGAAAAGAAUCAGCUAAAAGAGGACCAAGGGAAGUCGCAGACAUGGGAGCAGUCUGUCAAGAAAGAUGAAAACGAGAUAGAAAAACUGAAAAAGGAGGAACAAAGACACAUGAAGAUCAUCGAUGAGACCAUGGCCCAGUUACAAGAUCUGAAGAACCAACAUUUGGCUAAAAAGUCUGAAGUAAAUGACAAGAAUCAUCAAAUGGAGGAGAUCCGCAAGAAACUAGGGGGCGCCAACAAGGAGAUGACGCACCUGCAGAAAGAAGUCACCGCCAUUGAGACCAAACUGGAGCAGAAGCGCAGCGAUCGACACAACCUGCUGCAGGCCUGCAAGAUGCAGGAUAUUAAGCUUCCCCUGUCUAAGGGCACCAUGGACGACAUCAGCCAGGGGGAGGGGGGAUCACAGGGAGAAGAAUCUGUCGGCAGCUCCCAGAGGUCCUCUAAUCUGUACGCUAAAGAAGCUUUAAUCGAGAUAGACUACAGUGAACUCUCUGAGGACCUUAAGGAUGCUGUGGCGGAUGAUGACAUUAAGCAAGAAAUGAGCGCCUUGCAGCAGAAGCUGAAUGAGCAGCAGAGUAUCCUGCAACGUAUCUCCGCCCCCAACAUGAAGGCGAUGGAGAAGCUGGAGAGCGUCAGGGACAAGUUCCAGGAGACGUCCGACGAGUUUGAAGCCGCUCGUAAGCGAGCCAAGAAAGCCAAGCAAGCCUUUGAGCAGACAAAGAAAGAGCGGUUCGACCGGUUCAACGCUUGCUUCGAAUCUGUAGCGACAAAUAUUGAUGAAAUCUACAAAGCCUUGUCCAGGAAUAGCAGUGCCCAAGCUUUCCUGGGGCCAGAAAACCCUGAAGAACCCUACUUAGAUGGCAUCAACUACAACUGUGUGGCCCCCGGAAAACGGUUUAGGCCCAUGGACAACUUGUCCGGAGGAGAGAAAACUGUUGCAGCACUUGCCUUGCUCUUUGCGAUUCACAGUUACAAGCCGUCGCCGUUCUUCGUGCUGGAUGAGAUAGACGCUGCCUUGGAUAACACAAACAUAGGAAAGGUGGCCAACUACAUUAAGGAACAGUCGGUGACUAACUUCCAGGCCAUUGUCAUUUCCCUUAAGGAGGAAUUUUACACGAAGGCAGAGAGCUUGGUUGGCGUUUAUCCUGAGCAAGGGGAUUGCGUGAUCAGCAAGGUCCUGACCUUCGACCUUACCAAGUACCAAGAUGCCAACCCAAAUCCAAAUGAUUAGUAGGGGACUUGCCAUUGUCUGGAUUUGUCCACUGUUUUAUACUCCUGGAGCGGUCUUAUUUUAAAUGGGACAUUUUAACUUAUCAUGACUUCACUUGGUCUCCCUGGUCGUGGAAUUAUGUAUAUGGACUCGCGGACGCCAUCCAGGUGCGAAUGGGAAAGGCCGCAAAGCUGCCCCAUGGUUUAUCCUCCUCCCUUCUACGUAUUUUGUGUUUUAACUACAUCAUGGUGUAAUUAUCAGAUAUUUUUUUUGUUUCCUCUUACUAUUGUGGCAUUACUGUGUUUAGCGCUGAACCUUCCGGAUUUUUAGAUGAGUGCUUUUUACAGCUUUUUACUAUUAUGUCUAUGAUGCCUUUUUAUUGUUUUAGUGUCUUACAUAUUUUUGCCUCUGCAGAUGUCAGAUUGUUUUGCAAUAAAGAAAAUAAUAACUUUACAA